AAAGGAAUUUCCCAAAUCUCAGUGUUUUUGCUUCACACCUGCUUUCCCACCCACUCCCCUAGCAGAGUGUCAGUAUAUAUAAUGCCAGCCCCCCUCACAGGCAGGAGACACGGGCAGCUCAGCCUCCCCAGGAGCCUCGGCACGAAGGGACAGCCAAAGGAUGAAGCUUUUCGUGGGCAUCCUGUUGUGCUCCCUGGUCCUGGGCGUCAGCAGCCAAAGAUGGCUCACGUUCCUCAAGGAAGCUGGUCAAGGGACUAAAGACAUGUGGAGAGCCUACUCUGACAUGAGAGAAGCCAAUUACAAAGGUGCAGACAAAUACUUCCACGCCCGGGGGAACUAUGAUGCCGCACAGAGGGGACCUGGGGGUGCUUGGGCGGCCAAAGUGAUCAGCAAUGCCAGAGAGAAUUCUCAGAGACUCACAGACUUUUUCAGACACGGAAGCAGCGGCCACGGAGCAGAGGACUCGAAGGCUGACCAGGCCGCCAAUGAAUGGGGCCGGAGCGGCAAAGACCCCAACCACUUUCGACCUGCUGGCCUGCCUAGCAAGUACUGAGCUUCCUCUUUGCUCAGCACUCAGGAGAGGGGCUGGGAGCCCUCUGAGGGCAGGGACGGGGAAUCAUUGAGUUCUCUGUCCACAGAGGCUGAUGGAGGGCACCUGACAGGUGUCUAAUAAAUGCUUAAGAGAUUGUUGAAAA